CUCUGUUGUUUUCUGUACAUCUCUUUCUGGAGGUUGCGAGCCUGGUGUGUGUCUGAACGUUACCAGCCAUGGCAUCGGCAAAUGUUACCCUGGAAAAUCAGCUACACAGUGCACAGAAGAACCUGCUGUUCCUCCAGCAGGACCAUGCCAACACGUUGAAGGGGCUACACGCAGAGAUCCGCAGAUUGCAAGAGCAGUGCACAGACCUGACAUAUGAGCUGACUGUGAGAAGCUCUGAUCCCUCAGACAACAGUGAAGUCCGCUGCAAGGAGCUGCAAUGGAGGUGUGAGGAGCUCGAGGCUGAGCUGAAGAAGAAGGAGGAGGAGAACACAGAGCUGCUCAGGGAUCUGGAGCAGAAGAACGCCAUGAUCUCUGUCCUGGAAAACACCAUCAAGGAGAGGGAGAAAAAGUAUUUGGAGGAGCUUAAGAUGAAGAGCCACAAGCUGGCCAUCUUGUCCGGGGAGCUCGAGCAGAGAGCGAGCACCAUCGCUUACCUCACCUCACAACUUCAUGCCACUAAGAAGAAGCUGUUGGCUGGCUGCUCCUCAGAGGCCAGUCCCAAUGUCAGUCCAGUCACAUCAUACAAGCCCACGCCACCUCAAGCCAAGGACAGACAGCCUGAAACCCCACGACGCCGUAUGAAGAAGAGCCUCUCGCAGCCUCUUCACCCCGAGUUGACAGAGGUGUACAAGCUCGGCCAGGAUGGGAGGCGGCUAAUUUUGCGGGAGACGGUUGACGCCAUGCCUGACCCCACACCCUUCCUUCAGGCUGGCAGAGAGUCUCCAGAACAUCAGGUUGUGCGUGAACGGCCUGCUGUCAUCCCUCCCAUUGCAUCUGAGCGCUCCCCCGUCCCUCCCCUGGGUGCCAUGGCCAGCCCUCGUCACAGCCCCGCUCGAGACCGCCAGUACAGGGCUCACGUGGGCGUGGCGCACCGCAUCCCACUUGGCAACCCUCCCCUGGCCCCACCCCAAGCAGAGCUGGAGACACUGGCCGUGGACCAGGUCAAUGAGGAGAAGGUUGUGCGGAAGCGCUCAGGAGCCGACAGGACAGUUUAAAACUGCAACGCUAAAAUGCACAUUAACAUACACACAUCUACUGUACAUGCACUACACUGCAAUAGCAGGAAUGAGUCUGACCCACUGUGUAGCCUGCUUUUUACACAACAUUGCAAUGUAAAAAAAAUUAUGAUUUUGUUUAUGGUAUUCCAUAAAGAGUUUUUCUUAAUAUAUAGUAGAAAAAAACUACUAUAAAGCAUGCCAAAUGUUUCUUAAUACAACCCAUUUACAUCUUGUAUUACACACAGGUUUUUCUUUUUUGCUUUCACUUCACGUGGCGCAUACAACCAACUCUCGGCCAAAUAUCUGCAUCAGUGCCUGCUUGACCGGUUCAUACACAAGCUGCAUAGUGUAGUCAUGGCUAUAGCAUAUCUCUGUCCUCUCCUUCUUCUCAGAAACCGUCUGGGCGCAUCAACAAACUAUAUAACAAGAUGUCUGCAGCUGCGUAGGAAUAGAAUUAAAAUGAUGAAACGUAAAUGCUUCCAAAACAUCUUUCCUCUUCUUGUGAUAUCAGUAUAAUAAUGUUACUGUAAGUACGAGCUGCAUAAUGUGCAAUUGAAAUCUGCUGGUUGUCAAGGUGAGGGAGCUGAAAUUUCACCCUGCAUUUGUUGACUGGCGAAAAACAGCAGCAACAUGUUUGGAUGCAGCAUGAAAUGAGAUGAACAGGGAGUCUGUUUUUGUGUGUGUGUGUGUGUGUGUGUGUGUGUGUGUGUGUGUGUGUGACAUUGAGAGAGAGUGAGGGUGUGUGUGUGUUUCACAGAGAGACAAUGAAGGCCAUUGUGAGAAUUAAGUUGGGCUUAAACAAUAUCCAUUGAUGUUAUUUGUGAUAAAAGGGCAAUUUUGAAAACACUGCUGUAGUAGGAGUUUGUGAUAUUAUUAUUAUUGAUAAUAAUCUGUACUUUAUAAAGGCUGUACAUUUGUAAUGAAUUCUUUUUUUUAAAUCUAUUGUUUAAUAGAGAACCCAAAAGCACCUCAGUAGUUGCUGCACCACCAAAUCGAUGGUAAUUAUAAUCACUCAAUAAUCUGCUUUUCACAUUAACACCACUUGUCCUUGACGUAUAUGAAUCAAUACAAUAAAGCAGCGCUUUUUUGGUUUGGUUACUUGGUUUCUGUGUAUAACGGUGAUAAAGAUAUUAAGGAGAAGACAACAUGGACUUCUUAAAGUUUGGGGCCAUUACAACAAGUCAACUAGACGACUCUUGAGUCUAAUGAAGAGAUGUACAAAAUCGUAUUUCCUCAUUUAGUGUUUGAUGUUGGUUGACACAAGUGCCUGUCCAGAGUCACCUGUAGGUGUUGACUGGUUGUGAUCUGGUGAUUGUAACAUGUGAUUUUGAUACUUAUCAAAAUCACAUCCCCCCCCCCUUUUUAGUUGUCUUUUUAGUUUGUCACUAAAAAGACUCGUGAAUUCCAGCUGUUUUUACAACUGUGUGUGUAGUUCAACCAGUUGGCCACUCGAUGUCACUCAAACAGUAAAAGCUGAUCGAUAGAGAUGCAUGGAAAACAAGACAUAUCACCAGUAUCUAUACAAACACUAUGCAGUUUUUUGUGUGAUAUAUCGUUAAAUGUGUAGAUUUAUUCCCCUUAACUGAAAAGAAAUGGCUUAAAUGCUCCAAAAUGUUUGGAGAAUGUUGGCCUCCUGAAUAAACUAUGAAGAAACACGCGAAGGCCUCCCCUGUGAGCUGACAGAACCAGGAUUAAUCUGCUGAUUACUCUUAAGACUCUAAACUCUAAACACAGUCUUCAUGUAAAUAAAUACAAAUAAUUUCUGAAUAAACACUAAGGUUGCUGAAAGCUAAACGACAUUUGAUAUGGUCACUUGGUAAAUCAUAAAAUAGUAGUAUCUCUGGUGAGGAUUUGGCAGGCAGAAAUAAAUCAGAAAGUCUCACCUUUGAUUUAUUAUUUAGUCUUUAAUAAUGAAUUGAAUGUUUUCUGCUUUUCAACCCUCCAGCAUAGUUAUUACCUUUAACAGAAACCUGGUCUCUAUUCCAACCUGUUCUGCCACUGCUACAAAUCUUUUCAUGUCAAAUUUCCAAUAACAUUCAUUUUUGAUAAGGUCAAAGAUAUUGUGCACGAGGCCUGACAAUUCAGUAGCAGAGCUGUCUUGCUUUACUACAUGUGAAUCCAGUUUAUUAGCAAUAAACAUAAGAAAGAAUGUAUCAAUAGUAAAUAUUAGUAUUAUUGUUUUUUUUUUUUUUACAUUUCAUAGAU